UGGGAACUCUGGCUUGUCCACUGGACUGUGAGUGCACAAGGGCGGGAUCCUGUCUCCUCUUCCUCUCCCAAGAGCGUUGCAGCUGUUCCCGCCACGUUCUAGAGAAGGCAUGAACGUUUGUGACGAGUGGCGUUUCUAGGGACCCUGGUAACGGUCGCCGCGCGCCCCGUGAGCUUUUGUACUGUGAACCGCAGGCGACGAGUGGGAGGCGCAGGGCCUGGACGGAGCGGACUCAGGGGACGUGGACCGCCGGGUCAUUUUGGAGGCGCGGGCUUCGGGCCACCACGCCGAACCCCGAGUUCUCGGCGUGAGUCAGCGGGACAGCGGUGACGCGCACAAGGAAGCUGGGCGACGAGGCUCAGGUCGCUCGCUGGCCCAGUGUGGGCGGCAGCGAGGACCCGGUAGCGAUUCCGGGCGACCGAAGCGAUGGCCCCCUCCCCGGCAGGACAGGUGAUCGCCAGGCUGGCGGUGGGGCGGGGCCCGCCGGAUCCACCCUCCCGGGCGCCACUGCCGCUGCGCAGAGUACAUCCGGGGGUCGCCACGUGGCCACUGCUGCACCAAUGAAGUACAUCCUGGUCACUGGCGGGGUCAUCUCCGGCAUUGGCAAAGGGAUCAUCGCCAGCAGCAUUGGGACCAUCCUCAAAUCAUGUGGGCUCCGAGUGACGGCCAUCAAAAUUGACCCCUAUAUUAACAUAGAUGCGGGGACCUUUUCACCCUACGAGCACGGAGAAGUGUUUGUCUUAAAUGAUGGCGGUGAAGUCGACCUGGAUCUUGGCAAUUACGAAAGGUUCUUGGAUAUUAACCUCUAUAAGGACAACAACAUCACCACCGGGAAGAUCUACCAUCACGUGAUCAAGAAGGAGCGGCGUGGCGACUACCUGGGGAAGACAGUGCAAGUUGUCCCCCACAUCACUGAUGCCAUCCAAGAGUGGGUUAUGAAUCAGUCCAAGGUGCCAGUGGACGGGAACCUGGAGGAGCCCCAGAUCUGCGUCAUAGAGCUGGGCGGCACCAUCGGAGACAUUGAGGGGAUGCCGUUUGUGGAAGCCUUCAGACAGUUCCAGUUCAAGGCAAAGAGAGACAAUUUCUACAACAUCCAUGUCAGCCUGGUCCCACAGCCCAGCGCCACUGGGGAACAGAAAACCAAGCCCACACAGAACAGCGUCCGUGCGCUGCGGGGCCUGGGGCUGACUCCGGAUCUGAUUGUCUGCCGGAGUUCCACACCCAUCGAGAUGGCAGUGAAGGAGAAGAUUUCCAUGUUUUGUCACGUGAACCCUGAACAGGUCAUGUGUAUCCACGACGUAUCCUCCACCUACCGCGUGCCCGUGCUGCUGGAGCAGCAGGGCAUCGUGAAGCACUUCAAGGAGCGGCUGGACCUGCCCAUCAGCGACUCCUCAAGUGGCUUGCUGCUGAAGUGGGGGAACAUGGCUGACAGGUAUGAAAGGCUGCAGAAGAUCUGCUCCAUUGCCCUGGUUGGGAAGUACACCAAGCUCCGGGACUGCUACGCAUCUGUGUUCAAAGCUCUGGAGCACUCGGCCCUGGCCAUCAACCACAAGCUCAACCUCAUGUACAUCGACUCCAUCGACCUGGAGCAGGAUGCCAAGGCCCAGGACCCCGUGCGGUUCCACGAAGCCUGGCAGAAGCUGUGCAAGGCUGAUGGUGUUCUUGUGCCUGGAGGCUUUGGUCUCAGAGGAACCUUGGGAAAAAUCCAGGCGAUUUCUUGGGCAAGGACAAGGAAGAUUCCCUUUCUGGGAGUCUGCCUUGGGAUGCAGCUGGCUGUGAUCGAGUUCGCGAGAAGCUGCCUGGACAUGAAAGAUGCCAACUCCACCGAGUUUGAGCCCGACACCCCUGUACCUUUGGUGAUUGAUAUGCCAGAACACAACCCUGGUGAUCUUGGUGGGACCAUGAGGCUGGGUCUGAGAAGAACUGUCUUCAAAACCCAGAAUUCCAUAUUGAGGAAACUGUAUGGUGACGUCCCGUUCAUAGAGGAGAGACACAGACAUCGAUAUGAGGUGAACCCUAACCUGAUCAGCCACUUUGAACACAAAGACCUAGCUUUUGUAGGUCAGGAUGUUGAUGGGAAGAGGAUGGAAAUCAUUGAACUGGCAAAUCAUCCCUAUUUUGUUGGUGUCCAGUUCCACCCUGAGUUUUCUUCCAGGCCGAUGAAACCUUCACCUCCUUACUUGGGUCUGCUGCUUGCAGCGACGGGGAAUUUGCAUGCUUACCUGCAGCAGAUGAGCCCACCACUCUCAAGUGACAGAUACAGUGACUCAAGUGAUGACAGCUUCGCGGAGCCCAGGAUGGCUGAGCUGAUGCCCAGUGAAGAAGAAGGAAUUGUUUGAAGAAGCCAGCACACACCCAGAAUCCCUCUGUUCACCGCACCGGAUGUGGAGGCUUGGUGAAACUGUGGAUGCUUACCUCUGGGAACCAGCAACCAGGGGGCCCCCCAACCCUGGUAGCCUUGGGAGUCAGAUUUCUAUGGCUGAUUAAACUUUCUGCAACAACA